CUGUUGAUUGGUUCUCAGCCUUAUCCGGUGGGGCAGCGGUCCAGGGCUCGGGAAAAAAUCGAAGCGAGGAGGAUCUGGUAACGGUACGCUUUAAGAAAUAUCAUCCAUCCCGAGUCGCUAUCGAAGGGCUCGGCAGGAAUUUACAGUUUCUUUACAAAGGUUAAAGGUCACAGAGCAGGGUUGUGGUUGUCGUCAUGGCAUCUGGAAGUACAAGCAGCGAGGAGGAGCGGAGCCUGAGGGAGUGUGAGCAGUACGUGCAGAAACACAACAUUCAACAGCUGCUGAAGGACUGCAUUGUCCAGCUGUGCACCUCCAGGCCGGAGAGGCCCAUGGCCUUCCUCAGAGAGUACUUCGAGAGGCUGGAGAAGGAGGAGACCAAGCAGAUUCAGAACCAGCAGAAGGCCAGCAGUUCCCGUUCAGACUCCCGCGAUGAGGAGGUGUCUCCACCCAUGAACCCUGUGGUAAAGGGCCGCCGGCGGAGAGGAGCCUUCAGCGCAGAGGUCUACACAGAGGAGGAUGCAGCCUCAUAUGUCAGAAAGGUCAUUCCAAAAGACUACAAGACGAUGGCAGCCUUGGCCAAAGCUAUUGAAAAGAACGUUCUCUUCUCACACCUGGACGACAAUGAGAGGAGUGACAUAUUCGAUGCAAUGUUUCCAGUCACCUACAUCGCCGGGGAAACGGUUAUUCUGCAGGGCGACGAAGGCGACAAUUUCUAUGUCAUCGACCAAGGGGAGAUGGAUGUGUAUGUGAACAAUGAAUGGGUGACGAGCAUCGGGGAGGGAGGCAGCUUUGGAGAGCUGGCCCUGAUAUACGGCACCCCGAGGGCGGCCACAGUUAGAGCCAAGACCAACGUCAAGCUGUGGGGCAUCGACAGAGACAGCUACAGGAGAAUACUUAUGGGAAGCACUUUGAGAAAGAGGAAGAUGUACGAGGAAUUCCUCAGGAAAGUGUCCAUUCUAGAGUCUCUUGACAAAUGGGAGCGCCUGACAGUCGCUGAUGCCUUGGAGCCCGUCCAGUUUGAGGACGGACAAAAGAUCGUUGUGCAGGGAGAGCCUGGAGAUGAAUUCUUCAUCAUCUUAGAGGGUUCUGCAGCUGUGUUGCAGCGUCGCUCAGAGAACGAGGAGUUUGUGGAAGUGGGGAGGUUAGGACCCUCGGACUACUUUGGUGAGAUUGCUCUGCUGAUGAACCGUCCCCGCGCCGCCACCGUGGUCGCCCGCGGCCCCCUGAAGUGCGUCAAGCUGGACCGGCCUCGCUUCGAACGCGUCCUGGGUCCCUGUUCAGACAUUCUCAAACGUAACAUCCAACAGUACAACAGCUUUGUCUCGCUGUCUGUCUGAAGGGGCGUCUCUCCCCUCCACCCUUUCCCUCUUUUCUCCUUUUAGACCCAGGGUCCACCAAUGCAAUUUGCUUUUUUUUUUGUCACUUUCUUCUUCUUCUUUCUGUUUCGCUUUUCUCCCUUUUUUAGUUUUUUUGUGUUGUUUUACACACGGAGAUCCUUUUGUUGUCACCACCCCGUCACGCUGAGGUGUGACUUUCAGCCAUUCACCAGCGCUCAUACCAGCUGCUGUACGCUACCUUGUAGGCACAGUUCCAUCACACGUUACCGAUGUUAUAUAUGUAUUCGCUGGUUACGCUUUCGUUUUAGACUUAAACACAAAGCAGGAUUGUUAGGAGAUCUGAAAGACGUUAGGGUCUCAGACUGAUGAGACGGGACAAUCAAACUUUACAUGGCGCUUUUGGUGAAUUUGUUACAGAUUUAUGUUGAAGCUUGAAGUAAAGAGAGGACUACUUCUUCCCUGUUAAAGAGUUUCCUUUUAGACGUCAGUAGGCCUGAGUAGAUAUACAGCGUAGAGCAGAAGCUAGAAACUGUAGAAGGCAGGAAGAACAUGAUCGCAUCGACGUUUUCAUUUUUAUUAAAAUUUUUUAGGUUUCAGCUACACAAUGGUUGUGCUCCAUUUGUUGUUAUUGGUUACCUUUUGAUUGGCACGAUGAGACAAUGACGAGUCUGUUUUGCUAAGUUCGAGAGAGCUUGUACAACUUAAGGUUUUUAUGUGAUUGUGCAGCUACCAGGCUGGUGCCAAAUGUUGAUUCUUGUCACACCGCAAAGAUGCACAGCCAUGGCAACGCAGUGCGUGUUCUGUUCCCUGACUAUUUGGAGCUCCAAACGGGAAGUAGUUAUUACCCUCAUCGUCCUCCUUAAUCAGUAGAACGACCAUACAAGAACUGCCUUGACUACUCUGAGGAAAAAAAUCAAUAAAAAAAAAUUUAGAAAGGAAAAAAAAACAGGAGUAUUAAGUGUAUUUCAGUAUUCAAUUUUUCUUUUUUUUUAGUAUAUACCAAAUAACUUGGUCACUCUUCUGCUAUGGUUUGUAAUCAAAAUGUUAUCUUACAUAGUAUAGUUAAAACGAUCAUAGUUAUAUUAUUAUCAUUGACUAAAUGAUAAAUUUAUGGUUUGGAGUGAUGGUGAUCUUAAAAAAAAAAACCAAUAUAUGUUUAACUGUCUUUUGUAAACACUUAUUUUUCCAUAAAUUCUAUUUUAGGUGUCCAGUGCCACAAAGUAAAUAAAUGCUUCUUCUUGUCAACGGACAAAAACAGUAUGUAAUCGUAUCGUGUAAAAACGUCAUGGGUUAAAACUUCUUUUUUUUUUUUUUUGAAAUAGAUCAAAUGGGUAAUUCCAGGUUUAUUGAAGUGAAGUCUUGAAAAAAAGAAAAAAAAAACACAAACAAGAUGGUUUAUGGAUUUUAGGACAUCUAAAGUAUUUAUGUAUCGAAGCAUCACAGGCGAGCUGACGGGCAGAGUGAGCAGAUAUUUAUUUAAAACUAGUGUCAUUGCUUAUUGCCUGUUGAAAAGGUGGCUGUCUUUUCAUCAGAGUAGCUUGUGAUCUGUUCUCUAUGCUUACUUGGCAUGAUGUUUUAGGCAUCCAGUGAUGCGGUAUGAAUGGAAGCGUGUAUUAAAACAUAAAAAAAAAAAUUUAAAAAAUAACCUGCUACUGCGUGCAGAAGCAGGAACUUUGUCAAAUAUUUGGUUUGUUACUCCCUAGCUUAACUGCUUCAUGACUAUUUAGAUGGCAUAACAUGUUUAAGUCUCUGUUUUUUUUUUUGUUUUUUUUUUAAGAUUUCGUUUUUAAAAAUCUUUACCAAAACACACAAUGUUGAUUUCUGGAUUAUAGGCUUAACUCUUAAUUCCUGCCUCACUUGUCUGUUACCAGAAAGGACAUAGAACCAGUCAUAUGUUUCUGUUUUGUCUCAUUCACUCAUGUUUGUACGUCCAAAAAAGAUGUGAUUUUGGUGCCGAGUGCUGCAGGGUAGUCAGGUUAGCGAGAAGAGUUUUUGUGUUAAUGGACAUGAGUAUUAUGUAUUUUUCUUUACAGUUAAAUUGAUCAUCUUCAUCUGAACUGUAUCCUGAUCCCCAGGGAAUGACACCCGUUAGUGGCGUGGGGUUUGACUCACCUUUUUAUCGAAAUAUUGUUUUCGUGUAAAUAGCAGCGUCAUUGGUUUUAGUCCAAAACAGUUUUUAGCCACACUGCAAUUGUCCCGGUUUGCCUUAGCUUACCUAACCUGGGCUUACAGUAGUAGUCAGUCACUCCUGCUAGCCCAACCUUCAGUGAGUUUGUUAGGCCUGCAGCGCAGAGAGAGCUGCAGGCGAUCAGAGGACCAUUCUUUUUCUAUUCUACCCUGUAUUCAGUUUGACCUCCUGUAUGUGCAAAGAUGUUUAUCCUUUUGGUAUAGAUUGUUCCAGAUGGCAGUUUAAGCAAUAAAAAAGUAAAAAUAAUUCA